CUUGCCCCUGGUGCUGAACACCAUCCACACAAGAGAAUGUCAUGAUUAGACCUCAUAGCGACUUUCCUUUGUGUUACAGUGGAACGUCGGGUGUUAAUAUCUUCUGUUUUGUUCUGCCAUGUCUUGAUGUAUUUCACAGCCGGUCUGGUGAUCCCCUUGUUAGGAGCAGGAUUCGUGGCUGGAGGGUUCGUCACCAGGCGGCUGUCAAUCCGCGGAACCAUCAAAUUCUGCAUGAUUGUCUGUGCCGUGACUUCUGGCCUCUUUGCUGGCAUGCUGAUUCAUUGUCCCGACACGGCGCCGCUCGCUGGGGCGGAUACACAACUCACAAACGGUGUUGGAAACGACUUGAAUGCCGCCUGCAGUUCAAACUGUAACUGCUCGCGUGACCUGUACCAACCAGUCUGCGGCGAGACCCAGGUAACCUACUUGUCGCCGUGCCAUGCUGGAUGUACCGAGUCUGGCCAGCACGGAUUUCAUAACUGUACAUGUGUGGGAGGAAACGGUACCGCUACCAUGGGAGAGUGCUCCGAGGACAGCGCAUGCCCAGCUUGGAAACUACCGGUAGCCGUAGCUUUCUACGUGCUGGUAGCGGUCGGUAUAGCCCUCACAAGGAGCCCAAAUGCUGUUGUUCUCAUGAGUUUGACGGAAGAGGAGUUCAAGACCAUCACAGUCGCCAUUUCAGAGACAGGCAAAAUGCUGGCAAUUGGAGGCACACGUCCGUGGGAGAGCCGUUCUCGGGCAUGUCUGAAGGCGAGGAACGGCGCCAGGACGUGGGAAUGCCUCUCGCUUCAGCUGUAG